CCUGUGUCCCGCUACAAAGACAACAAUCCUGUAAUCACAAGAAACAGGGUUUCCCUCCCUCUCUCUCUUUCUCUAUGAUUGAGCUCACUUCUGUGAGAGAACUCUCUAGCAUAUUCUGGAAUCUUGCCGAGUCCUUCCCGCCUUUUCUUCAUCGACGGUGCUCGAGCAUCCCGUCCGUAUUCAUCAGUCAGGCGAGGAGCAACUGCGGAAUCGAUCUCAUCGGAACCACACUAGGCAUCUUCUUCGCUUUCUCUGGGCCAUCUUAUUUUUGUUCCCAAGAUUCUUUAGGUGCAUAGAAAAAAAAGGGGGAGAAGGACAGCAGGAGGGGGAUGAAAGGAAGAUCAACGGUUCAUUGAGGAUCACGGCUAGGUUUUCGAACCUCACAGUAAACCGAGGCCUGAAUCUUCACAACGGUGUGAAGAUUCAGACGCUCGGACUGUGCACUUGGCCGAGUCAGACUUGUUUCUUUACCCCGACGAGCAACGGGGAUCGAAGGGGCGCAAAAGAUCCAGUGAAAUUGGUUUCUGGAAGUAAGACUGAAGUUCCAAGGGUAUGGAAGCAGGUGGAGCGUCUGUGGAAGCCAAGCGGAAUGGAAUUGUCGAAGCAAGUGAAAAAUCAAGCGGUUUAGGCAGUGAUCGUUUUGAAGUAGAAGGCAGUUUUGGCUCCGGCAGAGAGUCGGUGAAAUCCUUUGUAACGGCAGGCAGCCAGUCAUUCAAUUCAACAAGUGGGUUCGUGAAUUCAUCAAUAAGGGGAUCAUCACCGAAGGGCUUGGAGCACUGCAAAACAGCACCUGUAAGCUCUGUUCCGUCCAGAACAUUACUGUCGGAUGCCCAUGACUUUGCUCUAUAUAGGUCUAAGACAGAGAGAAGAGACCAUCAGAGGCUCGAUUUGAGACUAGACAGACUGCUAGAACGUGAAAAGAAAAAGAUUAUUGAGCUUGUCAAAGUUCAGAAGGAUGGGACUGUGGAGGUUGAUGUUACCAAAAAUGCACCUGUAGCAUCUGAACUGCUAGAGCUUGAUGCUGUUGAUGCAGCGCCAAUUGAUGUUGGAAGGAGAACCACUGAAUCCCACAAAACAAUUCCGAAGUUAAACAUUGCCAUGCUUGUUGUUGGUACGAGAGGGGAUGUGCAGCCUUUUAUAGCUAUUGCGAAACGUCUUCAGGAGUUCGGUCAUCAUGUUAGGCUAGCAACUCAUGCUAAUUUCAGAACCUUUGUGAAAUCAGCUGGGAUUGAUUUUCACCCUUUGGGUGGUGAUGCACGAAUUUUGGCAAGAUAUAUGGCAAAGAAUAAAGGUUUUUUGCCAUCUGGACCAGCAGAUAUAUCUCUUCAACGGAAGCAAAUCAGGGCUAUCAUCGAUUCAUUACUUCCAGCUUGCACAGAACCUGAUAUUGAUUCUGGAACUCCUUUUAGUGCUCAGGUGAUCAUUGCGAAUCCUCCUGCUUAUGGGCAUGUCCAUGUAGCUGAAGCCCUUGGGGUACCAAUUCACAUUUUCUUUACCAUGCCAUGGACGCCAACACACGAGUUUUCUCAUCCUUUGGCACGGGUACCUCAAAGUGCUGGUUAUCGGCUCUCAUAUCUUGUCGUGGAUGUGCUUAUAUGGUGGUUUAUAAGAGACAUGAUAAAUGACUUCAGAAAGAAAAAGUUGAAGCUUCCACCAAUUGCAUACUUUAGCACAUACCAUGGAUCAAUUUCGCAUUUGCCGACUGGAUACAUGUGGAGUCCACAUGUUGUGCCAAAGCCAAAUGAUUGGGGUACCCAAGUGGAUGUUGUUGGAUACUGUUUCUUAAAUCAUAGCCUCAACUAUCAGCCGCGGGAAGAGCUUUUACAGUGGAUACAAGCAGGCACAAGACCAAUAUAUAUAGGGUUUGGUAGCAUGCCACUUGAAGAUGCAACAAAGACAACAAGUAUCAUUCUUGAAGCCCUUAAGGAUACAGAACAAAGGGGAUUAAUUGAUAGAGGAUGGGGCGGCCUUGGCAAUACUCCAGAAGUUCCAGACAAUGUUUUUUUUCUUGAAGACUGCCCACAUGAUUGGUUAUUCCCUCAGUGUGCUGCAGUGGUCCAUCAUGGAGGUGCAGGCACGACAGCUGCAGGAUUAAGAGCAGGGUGCCCUACAACUAUUGUGCCAUUUUUUGGUGACCAGUACUUCUGGGCUGAUAGAGUCCAUGAGAAAGGAGUCGGACCUGCACCAAUACCUAUUUUUGAGCUUUCUGUGGAACGGCUGUCAAGUGCAAUCAAAUUUAUGCUUGAUCCGGAGGUAAAACAACUAGCAUUGGAACUGGCAAAAGACAUUGGAAAUGAAGAUGGUGUUGCCGAAGCCGUAAAUGCUUUUCACCAUCAUUUGCCACCAGAAUUGCCAUUGCCACCCGUUGCCUUGGAGGAAACGGGAAAUCCCUUACAGUCGAUAAUGCUGGCCUUGGAGAAGUGGUGUUGCCUGCCUUGUAUCUCUUAGCUGUGUUCUUGAUUUGAAGAAUUUGGUAUGUAUUCUUUUGUUGUUCUUUCAUCACCUGGUUUUGAAGGUUUUUUGUAUAUGUAUUUGUAUGGAGUUUGUCACAAUAAACAUGGAAGCUCCUAGGUGCUUCUUGUCAAGAAUUUCAAUUAUAGAAAAAUUUCUCCUUUUGUUUCUGCUAUGAUGUAAAAGAAUGUAGAUACUGGCCUGAAAAUGAUUCAUGAUAUUGUUUCCGCUAUUGAAAGUUGUGUCA